AUGGCGGAUCGUACAAGGUAUUUUACAAAAACCAAAACAAUCUUAUUAUAUACACUCUCAUUCGUUCUUCUCAAACACCUAAUUAAAGAGCACAAUCGAUUUAAGUAUUUGUUGAAAAGAAAUUGCGUUCCUUUCGCUUGUUUGAAUUUCAACCUUUUUCUGAUUCGAUGCAGAACCAUGGAUGAAGUCAACAAGCUUGCGGAUGCUGCGGGUCUCGUCAACAGAAAAGGCCUUGUCCAAGUGCUACAGUUCUCUAUGAACCCUAGCAAUGAUGAAUACAAACUCUUAGAACUGCCCCCUAACAUACUGGAGUCUCUCAAUACUGGAGACAAGUAAGUUUGUAUGAUGCAAGACCAUACAAUAUCAGGGGGAUUAAAAGCUUGCCUGUGGUAACUAGACAUUAGAUCUCCAUCUUUCGCUGGUAUAGUUUGGAGUCUCCCAGUUUAGGUCAUGUGAUAAUACUCCAGAGAACUGUUUCUUUCAAAUAACGUCUUAUUCAUGUAUGCAUAGCUUAUGAAAUGACAAAAGGGCAAACGUCUCCCCCGCCCCCCCCCCGCCCGCGCCCCCCGAGACCUUCAUUGGGAAAACAAUAAAUACAAGCUAAAGAUGUUUAAUUGUUGUUUAUACACCUGCCAACUUUUUCAAAGUCAAAUGCAGAUUAUUUUUGUAUCCAUAAUACCCGAAUCGCUGAAAAAAUCCGAGGACUUCCAGUUCAGUUUUGAAGAUGUUCCAACAGUUCUGAACAUUACCAAAACAUCCCAAAGAUGUUUUGGUGAUUUCCAAAGAUUACCAAGUGUAUUGGUGUGCGGCACCAAAUGGUUAGUGUCUUCUUGUUGAGAUCAUGUAUAUACCUUUUAAAUCGCAUGUAUAGAUAACUGAUGUCACCUAUUUAAUUACUUUUCACAUAAUUUUUUGUUUUUCACAAGAGCAUUUGAACAAAUUACAACUCCUGAGCUCUUUGUGGUCAAGUAAACUACAACUGUGACUAUGACUAAUUUCCAUUAUUAUAUAAACACCAAUGAAAUACCAGGUGAGCUUUCAUGCGAAAACUUGAUAUCUUCACAUGUGCGCGCGCAAUUCAAUUUUUGGCACGUGCAUUAUUUAUUUAUUUAAGUUACGUAUACAUUUAGUUCGUUUAAUAACGUCUUAGUUUUGCUUUGCGUUAUUUUCCUCACUUAUAUGCGUUGUUCGCGACUGUUCUCACACAGUGGGUGGCUCCUCCUAAAAUGUUCUGCCAUUGGUAUAGGAUUUAAUGGAGCCGAAACCAAUUGUGGAAUUGCACGCAUUUUAGGCAUCCUACUGAUGGACAGUUGGGACAUGUAGAUAUAUUUUUAGCAACCACUAUAAUUUGCAGUUUGUCUACUUUGAAUUGAUUUGAAAUGUUAUCUUCACAUGUGAAAAUAUCAGUGUUGCUGUGGCUACAUAAUGAAUUGCGCCUUUCACACCAAAAAACUAUUAAAGUGAAAUGGUUUGGUAUUUCAUUGGUGUUUAUAUAAUAAAUAGAACAUUACAUGGUUGCUUGGAGAUACGGGAUUUCUCUUCUCGUGUUGAAAAAAUAUUUCACUCAUUCGCUGCACUCACUCGUGAAAUAUUUUUCAACACUCAAAGAGAAAUUUCGUAUCUCCGCACGGCCAUGUAAUAUCCUCUAUCUCUGUCCUGGUAUAUAAUUUUGGUGAGUCUAUCCUAAACAGGGUACAUGAUUUUGCACGAGUCUGUCCCAAUUAAAAACAGGGUAAUGCUGUACAAUUGAUUUGAUUUGUUUGAUGGAAAUUGUUUGUACUGCAAGUAUACAAAAGCAAUGACUAUAACAUGAAUUUGUUCUACUGCAAUUGCCGAUAAAUGGCUUUAAAACAAGACAGAGUGCAUUUUGUCCUUUGUCCUUUGUCUUAAACAGGGUCAGGGUUGCAAACCCUCAGUGGCUCACCUAUACCCAAAUGAUUGUAAUUGAUUAAUAUAGAUCACAAUAGUCAUGGAUGAUGGUCAUGUGAUGCAUUCAUGAUGGCUGUCAGGUUUUGUCCUUCACAGCUGUUGACCUUCACAAGUUUUACUAAAGCCCACUUUACACACGUUGUCCUACAAGAGAAUCUGUCAAAUACCUUAAUCACUCAUGUUAGGUGAUGGGGUUAUUGCCUUUUUAUUAAAACUUGUGCAUAAUGACAUGAAACGGACGGGUGAUUACAAAAUAUGUCACAUUAAAUUUAGAAACAAAUGAAAUUGCAGUGUGACUAUCAGAGGUGAUCACCAAGAUGAGGCUGUUUUGUGCACAGAGAAAGCAACAUUUGACUUGAAAAUGGCUGAUACUUCAAAUUCUCUUCUUCUUGUUCCUGAAUGCAUCUUGUUCAAAGAUAAAGGUUAGUAGGUGAAUUAAUGUUAUUUUAAUUGCUACAAUCAACAUUGCACAUGACGUAAUGUAUUUGAGGCAGUGGUUCAAGUGCCAGACCUUCCAGUCAGGAGACCAAGGGUCCCUCCCCAAUCCCUAGCUGGAUUUGUUUCUCAGAAAUCCCAAAGUUUAAUUAAAAAUAAUUAAACAUAACAAGUAAGAAUCCCCACUGGCUGGGGAUGACUAACCAUGAAUUUACCUAACAUAAAGAAAUACUUUAAGGAAAUACUUUAACGAGAAACUAGUGUCUUAAGAUUUGCUUGGGUUACUUGCUUGGCCCCACACUUGCCCUUUAGUUGUGCUAUAAAUACUGAUGAAGAAACCAUAUAAAUAUAGAAACCAUAAAAUAAUUAUAUGGUUUCUUCAGUGGUAUUUAUAGGGCAACUAAAGGGCAAGUGGAGGGCCAAGCAAACAACCCAAACAAAUUAAAAAUCAGUAGUUUCCUUUGUCUAAUUUAUUUUUUGUGGCAAAUAAAUAAAUCUUAGACAAGAUCCUUUUUCUGCAGAAUUCCAAUCUGAAGUCUCUCCACUGGUGUUCAGGGAGGUUAGUUUUAUUUACUACGUAUAAAUAUUACUACUGAACAAAAUGAAUGAACCUUUGACAAGUAGCUUAAUCCUUAGCUAAAAGUAUCACUACUAAAUAGAGAUGGUUGUUGACAGGAAAGGCUAAGAAUGCUGUUGAUGAUAACAUAGAGAAAAUACAAUUGUUUUCUUGGAGCUUUGCAAAUUUUCCAUUUUUAAAAUACUUGUAACAGGGCUCAAUCCUGGAUGUAAUGGUAUUCAAUAGAGCUAAUAAACCGAAUAAAUCCAAAUAAAUCAAUUUUUUUUCAUCAGGUUUCCAGUUGUCAUACAACAUACUUUGAGGUUAAACAUAGCAGACCGCGUCUGGGGAAGCUCAAGUAUCUUCUCUCUGAAAACUUGUACAAAGGACCAGAAAAUGAAACAAAUCUUGAGGACAUAGCAGAGGAAAACAUUACAAACAGAAAUACCCUGGUGUGUUACUUCAUGUGUCAGUAAAAGACCACUGAGACAUUCUUUAAAGUACUUUCGUACAUACAGUCAACUCUGACCUUGUGGACACCCUGCUAUAAUGGACACCCCAAUAAUACAGACAGCAGCUUAAUCCCAGGCAAAAAUAGAUAGCCAACAUUUGACUGAUAUAAACUCCUGCCAUUACAGACUCUUGCUAAUGAGGACAUUAACUCAAGGUCCCUACAGUGUCUGCUGUAAGGGGAGUUGACUGUAAUUUGCUGCAGUUGAUUUCUACAACAACAUGAUACAUUUAUUGUGAUGUGCAGCAUGAUUGCAUGCUCAUGGACUUUUGUCAGCCUACUCAUUAUUUUAAUGCUUCUCUUUAUGACUCAAGAUCUGUUCUUUGUGGAGUACUCUGUCCCUAGGAUACAUUAUUGACAGGACAAAUUAAUAACAUUUUUAUAGAUCUCAAGAGUGUUUACAUGUACAGCGUGUACGUUUUCCAAGAUUUAGAGAAUUUGGGUAUGUUAUUGGGCAUUGCAUGAUGAUUCCCAAUGAACAUUUUUUGGAUCUUUUGUCUCAUAGGGGAUGUCUACCGACAUACCAGUCAACACCUUAGUCAGCAAAUCAGUUGUUAUUAAUAUUGGAUAUAUGUGGAUCUGAUUGUAGGGCACCACAAAUAAUGAAAAAAAAUGCAGAAAAUGCAAAGGCAGGUAGGCUCCCAAAUAACCCUUGUUAGUAUUAUAUUAACGUAUAAUGUUUCUUUUUUUUUUCAGUACACCCUUUCAGACUUACUUUCCAAAGUUCAGGCAAGUAAAGCUGAGCUUCUUGAUGCAUUAAUGAAAAUGGAGGCUCUAGAAAUUGAUGGUGAGUUUAAAUCACCCAAGUUUAAGAGUGAUGCAUCCAGUAGAUUCCUUUUACCUACAUGACCCUACUAUACUGAACAGCAUACAUAGCCGUCACUAAGUUUUAUCACAAAAGAACAACAUCAUUGAGCAGGGUGACAGAGUUCAAUUCUUUUGAAAGAAUUUAAAACAAAUCUCUUCAUUUUGGUUGCCAUGGCAACAUCACAGGUCACAACAAAACUGCAUACUGGAAAGGGUUGAAUUUUUGCCUCCCCCCUCGUAUUAGUGCCCCCAUUUCUGGUCAGAAAAUGAAAUAAGUACCCAGUCACUUAUUCAAAUCAUUUACUGUAUUAAAUACAAAUUUUGUCCAAAUUAUGUUUGAGGAAAAAUGAACCACAAGUAAUUUAAACCUUGCCUAGUGCUCCAAUUAGAUACAGCUGGCAAAAGAAAGUUAAAAAUGUUAAUGGUUAAGUGAACAGUGAACUGUUCUACAUUAUUGUUUCAUGUUUCAUUUGUUAGGUCACUGGCGCCUUCUAGAUGCUGACUACAAGGAACAUGUGGUGGUAAGGAUUCUUUCUUUACUGGAAGAGAAAGACUGGAGUUAUGAAGCAAUACCAGCAAAAGAAUGUUGUGAUAUUUUGGAGGAACUUGAACCAAGGUACAUGUAUGAGAGAUAACAGUCUAUUUUAUUAUGAAGGAGCAGAGUUAUUGCUCCCUUUCUCCCAAAAACUGUCAGUAAUGACGCAUGACAUGGUCUCUGUCCUAUCCGUUUUUCCUUCCCUAUACUGAUCUUUUCUGCAGUGAAGAAAUCAAAUGGACCAUAGAUGAAAGUGAAAUUACUUCCUCUCUUUCAUUUUUUUUUUCUUUCAGAAUUAUUCUUGAGCAUUGUCUCAAUUGCUAUGGUGAAAUAACAGACAUGGAUUCAGACACAGGUUAAUAAUUUUAUUAUCCCAUAGUUAAGUACUGUUUAAAAAAGGAGCAGGAGUGUAUCAGGUUUAUAAACUCGAGGCAAAGCGGAGAAUUUUUGCACCUGAUAAUAUAUGAUUGUGGGUUUUUUAACAGCUUCAAAACCUCUGAUAUUGAUCAACUAAUUCUUGCACUAAUAUUUAGAUUUGGGGUUAUUUUGGUUUAAAAAAUGGGACUUAAAGUUAAGCCAUGUCUUUAUCAGAUCUAAAGACACUCAUUAAACAUUAGUUUCUUUUGUUUUUGUUUAUGAAUUAUUAGUAAGUUUUGGAAGUUCAAUCAAACAAAUGUGAAUGUUGUUCAAGCCCAUUAGUGAAUGACCAACCAAUUUAUUAUUCCUGACAAACUAGGGAAAAACUAUUUAAGGAGUCUUAAAAUGUAAAAUCUGUGACUUUGUUGACAAUACAAAAGGUCAAGAUUAUGAGGUGAAUGUGACAGGGCAGGUUAACAUUGUGCACAAAAUAUCGGUUCACUGGUUUCCUUUAUGCUGUUUCUUAAUUCUCUUAUUAGGUGAAGGCACUGUUCACUACAGACUCUUAGAAGACAAGAUAUGUAGAUUUUAUGCUGAGUAUCUUUUAAGACAAGCAGGGAGGGUAAGAACUGAUAAUGCUUAUUGACCUUGUUUAAGGUGAUUGGGAGAUUCUACAAGUAUGAAGUGAUGGUGUAUUUAUAACAAUCAUUUAAUAAACCAGUCCUGACUCUCUUUUGUAGUUUAAUUACCAUGAAUUUAUGGAGUCUUGGCAGCAAAGUGUUCCAGAAGGAAUGAGCACAAAAUCUGAACAUCUAUCAGUAAGUAGUCUCCUUUGUUAUGUCCCAUGGUGUGUGUCUAACUUGCAUAGUGUGGGUUAAGACCAAUCGUAGUGCACAGUUGCUGUUCUUUGAGCAGUUGAUUACCCUAAUAAUACAUUUUAGUCAAUUCUUUCUAGACUAAAAUACACUCAUCUGAAACCUCCUCUAAAGUACACCUUCUUUCAGCCCACUAAGGGCCUGUUUAUAUGAGGUGAGCCACAGGCUUUUAGCCAGACAUUGAAAACUGGCCGUCCAGAAGGCAUGUUUUUCCAAAACGUAUAAGACAUUAGGUGAAUUUUCCUUGUGUUUCUUCCAAAAAUGGGCGUCCAUAGGACGGCUGGACACCUUUCUGGCUAAAACCUUGGUGAGCCAGCCUGGUUGGCCGGACUGACCUGUUUCACCAGGAUGGCUCAACUUGUCCUUAAUUUCUCAUAAAUCUGUUAGACCGAUUUAGCAACAGAAUGGGAACGCUAGUUGACAACGGCACAUGCAAAUCAAACAACUGGCUUGACCAACGGCAGAGCGGCAAAUUGGGCACCGGAAGUUGAAUUUAGUCCUUUCCGUGCACUUUCUCAUCGUCAACUGACGUUCCCGUUCUGUUGCUAAAUCAGCCUAUUGUGUUUACAUGAGUAGGCAGGUUAGCCUGCUUGCGGAGAUCCCAGUUGGUAAAGCCCAGGUUUCUGUAUGUUGGCCGGCCUGCCCUCUCAUAUAAACACAACAAAAAUUUUAAGAAUAAACAAGGCAUGAGUCAUUACUUUAAGCCUUACCGGUAAAACAGGCACGUCCAGCUAACUGAGCUGGCUAACAACAUAUAAACAGGCCCUUAGACAUAGUGCCAGUGACAUUCAAAUAGUACAGUUUUUACCUCCCUCAAGUGUAUAAAUUGAUGCUUUUUCUUGCCCCAAAGGUUUUCCACUUAUAGGCGGUCAAAAAUAUAUGCAAAGUCAAAAAUUGCUCUCUUUUACAUUUAGGGUAUAGCUUUGACAGACAUGAAGAGUAUUCCUCCUGUCAUUUGGCACUUCCCUGCAUCAGAACUCCCUGAUGAUCCAGCACUGAGGUGAGUGGGUAGAGACUGCACUCAUGAUAGAACAUAGAGUAUUUUCUCAAGACUGAUAAACUUAAGUUACCAUAAGUCUUAAUUAGUGGCUUUAGCUUCCUUGAGUCUCCUGUAGCUUAGUAAUGGUAGAGCAUCUGUACUUAAAAAAAGGUUUUAAAGGCUUGUUUAUACUUAGCUUGUCCAGCUAGUUUACAGGCACUCUGCUCCAAUACCUUGAAACAAAUAAUUCAAAUACAACAUAAAUGGAUUGAAAACCCCAUUAAAAACCCUAACAGGCAGGAGGCAACCAGUUGGCAAUUUACAAGUGUGGCCAAGGAUUUGAACUUGGGACAACCAAGAACAAAUCCAGUAAGUGGCCUGGGGCCCGUUUCUCAAACGUCCCGAUAAUUAACAGGCCCGGUAAGCUGUCUCUGUUUACAUUAAAGAUCGAGGUUUCAAUAGUUUUGCAUCUAACAUGAUAAAACUGUCAGUUAAUGAAACAAAAUGGAGUAGUUUGCUAGCCAGGACCCGCGCUCUUAUUCUUUAUAUUUUGAUUUGAAUAUUUGAUUUCGGGCCCGUAAAGUUACCAGGACUUUCGAGAAAUGGGCCCCAGAGCAGGACUCAAACCCAGGACUGCCAGAUUGUGAGUCCAGUGUGCUGACCACUCAGCCACACUGCCUCCAUUAAAUCUUGUAACCAGAAGCUCAUAGGUUUGACUCCUAUGAGUGUGAAGGACCCUCCCCCCUCUCCCCCCUUUCAGUUUCAUCAGUUACACAACUAUAAAUAGGUAAAGUUUGAAAAACAUCUUACUUUAGGUUCUGUUUCAUAGGAAUGACCUUCAAUCAUUAAUAUUUUUUUUGUUUUCUUCUAAACAGAUUUAUGAAACUGUUUAAAGUGCAACCCAAAUGGACACUUGAAGAAAUAGAGCCAUAUGUAAGGUUAGAGUCAAACCUCAAGGAAUAUUUUGAAUUUGAAUUAUUUGUAAUUCAUUGUUUUUAUUAAAAUUUAUAAUGAUGCAUUUUGUAGUUGAACUUCUUAUUCCCUUUUAGUCUUGAGAAAUGCUUUCUGUGAAUAGAGUCAAACUUGAUCCAAGUGUGACCACCUCUUGUAAGUGACCCUAGAUCUCCCAUAAGCCAUCAUCAACCCAAAAUGCCUAAACUACCCUAGUCAAAUUACUGCAAAUAUUAUUUAUUAUUAUUGAAACCCCUCUCAUAAAUGACCACCUAUCUGAAGCGACCACAAUCACUUUUCUGUAUGACAGUUGUGGAACUUUUCAUUGAUUUUUAUCUUCCAGUAAGCAACUGCCUGAGGCAUGUAUGAUCUCUACAUUCGCUGUAUAUUAUACUACACUACUUAGUACACAAACAACCUGUAGUUUCAACAUGGAACUACAUAUGUGGUCAAUCAGAAAUUGCAUGCAAUGAAUUCUUUGCCAAAAUAUAGAUGUGUUAGGACUUUUUUGGACGCGAUCCCCUGUGGUUUGAUUCCCGUAAGCAACCACUAAAUCUUUGCAUUUUGGGUGGCCACUUACCAGAGCUUUGACUGUCUUAUUUUUUUUUCUCACUUGAUAUUUUCAGUUCGCAGUACACUGUUCCUAUGACAACAUUAUUUUCCAUCAUUUCUAUUCAGAAAUCUAGUGGCACCUGGGCAGUCACUGAAUGCUCUUCUUAUGAAGUUUGCUCGAUCAUCAAAAGAUGCAACAGGAGUAAAGGUCUAUAACUCCAAGAAACCAACAUAACAAGCUUUCUGCUCAAGUCAAACUCACAAGACUAAACAGCAGAAAAGAGAUCGGUCUUUCCCAAGCCUGAAUGGAUACCUAGCCUCCAAUCCAUAAUCAACACAAGGACAUCAAUUAGUAGUUUGUUGGUGUGUUCACCAAAUGACAAAAACUACAUUCCUUUGAAUGUCACCACACCAUGAACAAAUCAGCUAACCAACAACAGUUUCUGCACCAUGUGAAAAAUUUUACUGAUAUUGGUUAGACACACCGCUGGAUUAAACUCAUAUUCAUUCUAAAUGUCUCCCUCAAACCAAGAAUGCUGCUCCAUGUUACAACAUAUGUCUAACAUACAAUAUUUUUUCAAGACAGAGGAGUUGUAUAGCUCAAGCUGCUGAUGAAAUUAUCAAUGGUAGAUCAGGAUUCUGCCCUUGGUAAAUAAAUAUAUAUGACUAAGACUUCGCUUCCAAAGUGGAAGAUUAUUAAAAUCCAUUUGGAUACAGAUUCAAAUUUAUGUAAUAUGGAAGAAAGUUGUAUUAGCAGCGAGCAGAACAGAUGUUAUUUUUUAUGUGUUUUCACAAGCAAGUGCGAAUUGUGAGGGAGGCAUGAAGCUUAAGUCUUAUGUGAAGGGAUGGGCAAGAAAAAAAAAUUCUUUCUUUAAAAUUAAAAA